ACUUCAACCGGUAAGAGCAGAAGACAUAACUGUGCAGGAGUAAAUGUUAUUGUGUUUACUGUGUAAGUGUACUCACAUGGCAUAAGCGCAGUAAUUAUUUUAGUGCUAAUAUUUGCAGUUGAUUGCUGAAUACUGACUAUUUCAAAACUGACAACUUGAGUGAAGAGACUGUACUUGAGAAGCCUAGAAUUAGAGGUUGCUGAACUCAAGAAAACAAUGGCAGUAAAGGACUCAUUAAUCCGAACUUUAGCUUUUGAAAUGCAAGACGAACUAAAGCGUAAUCAAGAAGUGGUUAAAUUAGAAGCAAUGUUGGCAGCAGAUCUUUCGGUAACUCAUUCUUUAAAUGCUGACGUCACAGAUGAAAUUCAACUUACGGAAGAAAUUGAAGGAAUACAGAGAUCUGAGGUGGAAGCUCUCCAAGAAACUAUGGUUAAUUCCACGUUUCUCAUCAACUCUCAACCAAAGAAAGGGAUAGGAAGAUUUCACUUUACUAUUUUCAUAAAGCCAAAGCUUCCUGAUGAUCAGGAGUACAUUGAAGUUAACUGCAAACUACCAAGGCAUCCACUCUUUAAUGAUUGUGAAUCACUAACCAAAGAAGCCUCUGCUGUUAAACACAGUUUUUACAGAACAACAUCAGGUCAUAGAUGGCAGUCUAUUUUUCAAGUUCAACACCUCAGUCCUAUAGAACUACAUGUAACACUACCUCUAGGAUAUCCACAGUUGAAUCCUCCUCAUUUCACUAUCUGUUGUCUUUGGCUGACCAAUCAUCAGAUUACUAAUUUAUGUAGCAAGCUGGAUGAACUAUGGGAAAUAAUGAGAGGGAUGCCAAUAAUUUUCUUUUGGACAGACUGGCUAGAGAAUCACAGUAUCAGGUUCCUGGACAUCUACCAAAUAAUCCUGACUAGUCCUCUAGAUGGAAUUAAUUCAGGAAAAGCAGUGGAUGAUAUGGUUGAUGAAAAAGUUGUCCCAGAUAACAGGGGAGUUGUGGAGAAGUUGAAGAUUAUGAUCAAGUAUAACUGGGAGGAGGAACAGCAUUUUUUCACCCAGAACAUUCAGGAAUGUACCAUUUGUUUUGGUGAGGAUUUGGGACAGAAUUUCUUUAGGCUUCCUGACUGUAAGCACCACUUCUGCCAAGGCUGUAUUAAGAAUUAUUGUGAGCUGCAUGUGAAAGAAGGGACAGUUCAAAACCUCAGGUGCCCAGAAUCAGACUGCGAGGAAGAGCUACCUACAAGUAUCAUCACUACAAUCCUUGAGCCUGAUGCUCUAGAACGCUGGGAACAUUUACUAUUACAUAAAACUCUGGAUGCCAUGAAAGAUGUUGAAUGGUGUCCUCGCUGUAAUAAUCCUUGUGUCUGUGAUGAAAAUGACUCUUUGAACCUUGCCUUUUGUUUGCAGUGCUCAUUUGCUUUCUGUACCUCUUGCAGGAAUUCAUGGCAUCAGGGUACACCAUGUAUCAGUAUAGAAGAAGUGUUAAAGAAUACAUCUUUGGAAAGAAAUAAUAACACACAACAAAAAACAUAUGAAGAGUUAAUAUCAGUAUACUGUAUUUCAAAGACAACCAGGAAGUGUCCACAGUGUAAGGUGCCUAUAGAGAAACAGAAUGGUUGCAACAAAGUCAUAUGUUCACAGUGUAAAACUUUCAUGUGCUGGGGAUGUGGAAAGAAAAUUAAUUCAUAUGCUCAUUUUGAUACAAAUUCAAAAUGUAACACAUUUAUAAUGCCAGUUUACAAAGAAGGUCUACUUACAAAGGAUAGUAUUUUAAUUAAAGCUGUGCUACAAGACAAGCCAGAGAGGAAAAAAGAUGUGCAGAAAUGCCCUUCCUGUAGACAGGAGAACUUGAAAUCUGACAAUAAUAAUCACAUCAAAUGUUGGAAUUGUAAAACUGAGUUUUGUUUUUAUUGUAAGAAGAAACUCAAAGGCCCUAUUUUUUUGCAUUACAGUGGUGUAAACUCUUGUCCACAACAUUCCAAAAAUACUUGAUCAUACUAGUUAAACAUGUAUGAAUACAAAUACUAUUGUUUCCAGUUUUAAGGCCUCAUCUGAGAAAUAAAAUAAAAUUUUGAUAUUAUUAAAAUUAUUGCUGGCACUGUGGUUUAGUACUACACCCAUUAUAUAUUAAGAAAUCAUACUUUGUAAGUUUAUAAGAAUUGAGGUAUUUAUUAUACCAGGAAAAUAAGGUAAAACAUUUUGGUUUAGUCAUUGCCAUGUUGUUGAUAAUCUGUGAGUUUUUUUAUGGCAUGAACACAAUGGCUCCCUAAGCGAAUGUAUGUGUUAAUUAACAUAAAACAGACAUGUAUCACAUAUCUAUUUUAUUUAAUGAUCCUUCCAACUAAAUAUACACGGAAAAAUUAUAAACCAACCUCUGAAAUUUAUGUUCACAUUUUUAUAAAAUUAAUCAUAAAAUUUUAGUUUAAUCAACAAUUAAUUUUUAUACAAAUAAAAAAUUAAAAUUAUGACUGGCUAAAAUUAAGUGUACAUUUUGUAAUCAUUUCUUACAAAUGUUAACAUACAUAAUUGACUUUUGUAAGAAAAACAGUGUUUUACUAUAUAAAUACACUAGAAUAAAUGAUUAUAAUCAAAAUAUACACACAGAAUAUUUUUAGUAAAUCUUUGAGGAAAAAUAAAACUUGUUUAAUAUUACCCAAACAAAAGUAAAUGAAAGUUCAAGCUGAAUAUAAUCAUUUCAAUAGUUUAAAAUAUAGUAACUACAUCUAGAACAAUGGUUUUUUUAUAUGCAAUUUAUGAGUAAAAUGUGAUGUGUAAUUUAUGGUAUCAUUCAACAAGUUAUUUGUGCAUCUAUUAUAAUUGAAUAUUCAUUAAAUGAUUCGAUCAUAACUGUUACCUUGUAUAAUUUACUAUAUUUAUUUAAUGAUUCAUCUAACUUUAAGUUAAACCUGUUAAACAUUGUAAAUAACCUGCUACCACAGCUACAUAUUUAAAUAAAACUUGUUAUAUAUAUAUAUUCAUCAUAGCU